GGUAUGCAAAUUUGUCCACUUUGUGUAUAAUCAUCAUACAUUUGUCUCCUACAAACUAUGCAAGCAGCAAGCUCAGCGGCAAUGCCUCAAACGGCGAGACAAGCUAUGGUAAUGUUAACACAAAGCAUGUUCCCUUACCAUGGCAAAGUGGAUCCAAUGGACAAACACAUUAUCCAGAUGAGCAACCAGCUAGCGAGCAGUACCCCAUUCCAGAUAUCUCUCUACUUCAAUGCCUACUUUUUCCCCUUCUGGGCCACGUCCAACUUUGUCAUGUUGGCCCUGAAGUUCGACGACCUCUCAGCCAUCUAUCAGAUUCUUCUCCUGGCCUGUCUUGUGUUCAUGACGCUGCUCGAAGUAGUCAGACUGUACUUGGGAUACGUGGGCAAUCUACAAGAACAGGUGCCAGAAUUGGCAGGAUCUUGGCUGCUGACUACAACUCUCCAGCUUCCCUUGACUCUAAUCGUCUUAGUGCUGCCAGACAUGGAUGUGCUUCCGUUGGACUGUGUCGUCAACAUCAUUCUGCUGUUAUUUGUGGUGACUCAAAUAAUAUUCGGUCUGUUUGCUCUCUACUUCCUAUCGAGACAACAGGUCGUCAAAUUUCAGCUCCAGCAGUUCUAUGACGAAACUAUGGGAGUGGCGAACAAUCCUGGGUUCGAAUUCGAACCCAUAGACACCUAAUGACGACCCUCAAAAUAGUUGUGAAAAGAGUUAAUAGAAAAAAUGUGCUAUAACAAUCGGGCUAUUCGAAAAAUAAAACGUCAGAUGUUUCUGUCUUGGUGUUUAAUUGGGCGUGAUUUUUUUUCUUUGUCAGUCGAAUACUUUUUACUGCAUUCUGUCCGAAAGUUUUGGCAAAUGCGAAGGUUUACGUUCUGUUGUCAAAAGAAUGUCUUUGAGUGAAGUUAUAGAAAUAGAAAUAUAAAUAGUGUAAAUUAAUAAUUGUAAAGUAGUUGUAAAUUUAGUGUACAUAGAUUCUAAUCAAUGUUUUACUUUACAAAGACAUGGAUCUCAUUCAAAGUAGAGUGGCAA